AUGGAGGACGAAUCCCCAACAGAAAGUGGACGGCGCGACAUCGCCAAACGAGUCUCCCGAGCCUGUUUGCAUUGCCGACAACGCAAGUCGCGAUGUGACCUAGACAGCAACGGCACAGGCAAGCCGCCGUGCCAGCGCUGCGUUCGCGAAAACCGCGAAUGCGUGCUCGGCGGCUCCAACCGCGGCGGACGUCGAAUCCGCAAGAACAAGAUCAAAAACUUCACACCGGCAAAUCCAUCCCCGAGCAAAGACUCGGAUGCUUCAAGUCCAACUAACUCUGAGAAUCGUCAAUCUGUCUCUUACCCGGGCCCGGUGGUUUUCUUACCACCGAAUCCGCCACCCGCUCCGGCGUCCGUAGAAGAGGACGUCGCCUCCAUAGACUCCGUCCCGCGCAAUCCCUCAGACGCCUGGCAGUGUUUGACCGGCAUCGCGCAAGCUCCUGAACCGCGCGAAUCGCGCCCAGAAUCCACCUUCCCAACAUACAAUAUCCGGAACAGCGUCAUUUCCGAGUUUAGCAACCCGGCCGGAAUCCGAGCCUACAGACUAGUCCAAUCACGCUCGCUAGAUCCUGAAACUGUUUGGCAGCUUAUUUCGCGCUAUGCGGAGAAUUUUCACCCAUAUCUCCCCCUCGUACCGAGGAAGUACUUCGCGCGCACGGCGCUGGACGCGUUCGCCACGGAGAAACACCUUCUUACCGCAGUCUUGACUAUCGCAUCUAAGGACCUGGUCGAUCAGCCAGAGAUUCACGAGUACUGCUCGAAAUACAUGCAUGAGUUAAUAUCCGGAAUCGCUGCAGGUGCAGAAUGCGACGUCGAAGCAGUCGAGGCACUCCUCCUUCUUGCGGAAUGGGAGCCGCAAGGCCUGCGUCCUCGGAUUGAGCGCGUGGGCCGGGGAGAGGAAGACCGCGCUGCGUGGAUGCAUGUCGGUCUUGCGCUUCGAUCCGGGUAUUUCAUUGGAAUGGACAGGACUUCUUUCCGAGGUGAUCCGUUUGGCGAUCAAGAAGGGGAGGCGAGACGACGACUGGCAUGGGCCAGCUGCUAUGUUUCUGAUCGGUUAAUUUCUGUGCGCAUCGGGCGCGCCUUUUGGUCUCGAGGGCCUGGACCCAUGACUGGUCUGGUUAGUCAGGAUUUUCCUUCGCUGCAGCCUGCGAAGGAGGGAGAAGAGGACUAUGCGAAGAUCUUCCAGGCUAUGCUCGAUCUGACGCAGCUUUAUGGAAAUGUGCAUGAGGUUUUGUAUUCGGGGAUGCGGACUAGUAAUCAGAUGAUGCUGAUGGGGGACUAUGUGAAAUAUGUGGAUGAUUUCCGGCUCGCAAUCUUGAGAUGGAAAUCGCUUUGGGGGUCUUUGGAUUGCUCACGGCCCAUGAGAGCGACCCUGCAGUUGUCUUACGAGUAUCUGCGACUAUACACGACUGCCUUUGCAUUCCAAGCAGCUAUUUCUCAGUCGCUCGCAAAGCCGAAAAGCGAUGCACAGGGCCAUCGGGAACAACUGCGAUCGACAUUCAAGAAUGUUGCUUCGAUGCAAGAUUCGCGGUUCAUCUAUGAGUCUGUUGAUGCAGCCAAAUCUUAUCUGACCAUUCUUGUGGAUCUUGUCGACCCUGAGAAGCAUCUACAUUUUAUGCCCCUUCGCUUUUAUUUGUAUGGAAUAUACUCAGCAGUAUUCCUCUACAAGGCACGCUCAUUCGGUAUGAUGGUUCCAUCCGAAGAAGCAAAAGUCCAAGGCCUAGUCGGUCGAACGACAGAAGUUCUCAAACAAGCAAGCGCCGGCAGCGACGAUGUCGGUUCUCGCUACGCACGUCUCUUAGAGCUUCUGUGGAAACCAAAGACGGCAACUUCAUCUGGAGACCAGACCAGUGAAUUCUCUAUGCAAGCAGCCCUUCCAAACCCAGUCACAGACCCAGGAUACAUGCAAUUCAGCCCAGCCAACGACUUCUCAUGGCUAGACCUAGAGGCUGUGGGCGACUAUGUCUCAGGAGAUCAAAUCUCCGGCGGUUUGUUAGGGCUGGAUGCAUUCCAAAACACCUCAGACGUGUACCAAGGACAAGAGCGAUCUCAGAGCUGGCAGCCCUCAGCCUGGAUGGGGGAUAUGAGCAGCAAUCUUCUUUUCUAG